AUGGAGGGCGCCUUCACUCACGUCGGCAACCACCUGAUCUCCGACUCUGCUGCCGCCAUCAAUGCCGGUGACGACGAUCUUUCCGCACUCGACCACGAUGAGAGUUUAUUGUAUGGUACCAAGUUUGCGGGUCGCAAAGGUCUAGGAGGCCUUGGCAACGCCAGACGCCGCGACGAUGAUGACAAUGGUACCGAAGCUGCGUUUGAUGAUGAUGAGAUAAGCAUGGCGAGCAUGCCUAUCGGCGCCAUGAAGGAUCUCGCCAUCACCAGGGCUACACCCGACGAGGAAAAGAAGUUGCCCGCUCAUGCCUGCGCUUAUUGCGGAAUCCACUCGCCUGCCUCAGUUGUCAAGUGUCUUGCGUGCAAUAAGUGGUUCUGCAGUGCUCGCGGCACCGCCAGCUCCUCUCAUAUUGUUAACCAUCUCGUCCGCGCUCGACACAAGGAGGUUCAGCUUCACCCCGAGUCCACCCUCGGCGACACUAUUCUCGAAUGCUACAACUGCGGUACCAAGAAUGUCUUCCUUCUCGGUUUUAUUCCUGCCAAGUCCGACACGGUCGUUGUUCUACUUUGCCGACAGCCCUGUGCCGCUUCGACCUCCACAAAGGAUAUGAGCUGGGACAUUUCGCGUUGGCAACCCCUUCUCGAGGACCGGGCCUUUUUGCCUUGGCUUGUCACUCCUCCAUCCGAUCACGAACAGCUCCGCGCACGCCACUUGAGUGCACCCAUGAUCGCUAGAUUGGAGGAGAUGUGGAAGGAUAAUGCUUCAGCCACAAUCCACGAUCUCGAAAAGGCAGCCAGUAUCGAUGACGAUCCCGCCCCGGUCUUGCUCAAGUACGAAGACCCUUACCAGUACCAGAAUAUCUUUGGCCCCCUAGUCAAGAUGGAAUCGGACUAUGACAGAAAGCUGAAGGAGGCGCAGUCCGAAGACGGUCUGGUCGUUCGAUGGGACAAGGGUCUUAAUGACAAGCAUCUUGCUAGCUUUACGUUCCCCAAACUCGAGUCUGGCGAUGUCAAGCUCGCUGUCGGCGAUGAAAUGCGACUCAAGUACAAGGGCGAGCUUCGUGCGCCUUGGGAGGGUGUUGGCUAUGUGAUCAAGAUCCCCAACAACCAAUCUGACGAAGUCACUCUGGAACUGCGCAAGACCGGCAACGACAAGAGUGUGCCGACUGAAUGCACUCACAAUUUCUCUGCGGAUUAUGUCUGGAAGGCGACCUCCUAUGACCGCAUGCAGGCUGCCAUGAAGCAGUUUGCGGUUGAUGAGAUGAGCGUAUCGGGAUACAUUUUCCACAAGUUGCUUGGUCACGAGGUUGCCGUUGCUCCGUCAAAGACUCAACUUCCCAAAAAGUUCAGCGUUCCAGGACUGCCAGAACUCAACGGCAGCCAGAUUAGCGCUAUCAAGAGUGUCUUGUCGAACCCUCUGAGUCUGAUCCAGGGACCUCCCGGAACGGGCAAGACUGUCACAUCGGCUACAAUCAUCUAUCAUCUAGCUAAAAUGAACAGCAGCCAGGUUCUCGUCUGCGCCCCGUCGAACGUUGCCGUCGAUCAGCUUUGCGAACGAAUCAAUCUGACCGGACUUAAAGUUGUGCGUCUCACAGCUAAAUCUCGCGAGGAUGUCGAGUCUUCCGUGAGCUUCCUUGCACUUCAUGAGCAAGUCCGAAUGCUUGACAGCAACCCAGAGUUGGUCAAACUCAUGCAGCUGAAGUCAGAAGUCGGUGAAUUGGGAAGCAACGAUGAGAAGAAGUUCAAGCAGCUUACUCGCGCUGCUGAACGUGAGAUUCUCGGCAAUGCUGAUGUCGUUUGUUGCACUUGUGUUGGUGCUGGUGACCCACGCCUCGCAAAGAUGAAGUUUCGCAACGUCUUGAUCGACGAAUCUACCCAGUCUGCCGAGCCAGAGUGCAUGAUCCCAUUGAUUCUAGGCUGCAAGCAGGUUGUCCUCGUGGGUGACCACAAGCAGCUGGGCCCCGUUAUUAUGAACAAGAAAGCUGCCAAGGCCGGUCUCAACCAGUCGCUCUUUGAGCGUCUCGUUCGCCUUGGCCUUACGCCAAUACGUCUGAACAUUCAGUAUCGAAUGCAUCCCUGUCUAUCCCAGUUUCCCUCCAACAUGUUCUAUGACGGCUCCCUCCAGAAUGGUGUCUCUGCCCCUAGCCGAAUCCGUAAGGACGUUGAUUUCCCUUGGCCAGUCGCAGAAAUGCCAAUGAUGUUUUGGUCCAACCUCGGCAACGAAGAAAUCUCAGCCUCUGGAACAUCAUACCUUAACCGAACGGAGGCUACCAAUGUCGAAAAGAUUGUCACCCGGUUCUUCAAAGCCGGAGUGCGUCCUGCAGAUAUUGGUGUCAUUACGCCGUACGAGGGACAACGGAGCUACAUUGUCAAUGUCAUGCAGAACACGGGCACCUUCAAGAAGGAUUCCUACAAGGAGGUUGAAGUUGCAUCUGUCGACGCUUUCCAGGGUCGUGAGAAGGAUUUCAUUGUCCUAUCGUGUGUGCGUUCCAACGAUAACCAGGGCAUUGGUUUCUUGUCCGACCCACGUCGUCUCAAUGUUGCUCUUACUCGUGCCAAGUACGGUCUUGUCAUCAUUGGCAACCCCAAGGUUCUCUCGAAGCACGACCUGUGGCACCACCUCCUUGUUCACUUCAAGGAGCAAAAGUGCUUGGUAGAAGGUGCACUCACCAACCUGCAGACCUCUCUUUUGCAAUUCAGCAAGCCCAAGAACAACUUCCGUCAACGUCCAAACCAAUUGGGUUAUGUUUCUGGCGGCUAUGCUCGUGAUGGGCAGCACCAUAAUUCUGCCAUGUCCGUUCAAGACUUCGACUCGGGAUCCAUGAUGUCGUACAUCCCCGAUGAUGUUUCAAGCAUUCACAGCUCGACUCUUGGUGGCGCCGGACUCGGAAAUACUGCCUUCCCACAAAUGUUCUCCUCGUUCAACCCCGAUCAAUGGCCGGGUUUGCCUGGGUUCAACGGCCCGGGCGGUCGUCUGGGAGGUAAGCGCGGCGCUCGCGGCGCCGAGAGUGUGGCCGGUGAAAGCGUUGCUACCUCAGAGUACACGGAUGCCAGUGCAUCUGUCAUUGGUGGCAGAGGCGUUGGACAAGGUGGCGCGAGCCUCGGCGCUGGACUUCACGACGCCCUUCGUUCCUCGCGACCUGCUUCCUACUCACAGUCCGAUCGUCUUAAGCAGUAUGUCGAGAGCUCUGGCCGCCCAGGUUAUGCGAAUGGAUACGGCAACCGUCGUUUUGACGACGACGAGAAGAGCAUUAGCACCGCCUUCGCAAGUCAGAUUGGUGGCGGGUUCGACUGA